ACACUCCCAUGUAUUGCCUUCCCUUUGUUUUAUACUAUUUAUUGAUAUUGUGUGUGUGCAUAUAUUGAUAUUGAAUAUGUGCAUUCUUUUGGCUACAGCAAGGAAGUAAUGGUAAGGGGGCUCCUGUGCUGUGUGUCCAUCUCUGGCACUGACUUUCUGAGUGGGUAAGUCACAGGAAUCCCUGAGUGAAAUUCUGUGGCCUGUGUUAUGCAGGAGGUCAGACUAAAUAAUCAUAACAAUCCCUUCCGGCGUUACACUCUAUGAAACUUGUGUCAUCUCUCCAGGCAGGGAUGAUCUAGAUAUACUUGGGUCCUUCUCAGCACGGGGGGCGGGGGGCUGAACUAAAUGAGCUCUUGAGGUCCCUUCCAGCCCUACAUUGCUUUGAUUCCCUGCCUUGAUUUACCCCUCUGCAAUUAUAUUGUUACAGAACUAUUGCUACCUAGGCCUUCCUGGUUGUCACUACGGUGCACAUCAUGAUUACGUGGGACCUCCUGGUGACAGCAGGACUAGAACUGAAAUCUGAUCCUUCGACUCCAAAAGCACAGGUCACUCCCUACCAGGUUCACAAUGUCUGACAGAAAGGCUGUGAUCAAGAAUGCAGACAUGUCUGAGGACAUGCAGCAGGAUGCUGUAGACUGUGCUACACAGGCAAUGGAGAAGUACAACAUAGAGAAAGACAUUGCAGCAUAUAUAAAGAAGGAAUUUGACAAGAAAUACAACCCUACUUGGCACUGCAUUGUUGGCAGAAAUUUUGGCAGCUAUGUAACACAUGAGACAAAGCACUUCAUCUAUUUUUACUUGGGUCAGGUUGCAAUUCUGCUGUUCAAGUCUGGAUAGGAAGUCGGAGCAAGUGAAAUUUGGACUGUAAUGCACUGAUGGCUGAAGCCAAGAUUCCCUUUAACAUGGCUGUGCCGCUGCAUGGACUGUAUACUAUAUUUAAUGUGUAUAUGUUGCAGUAAAAUCUACUUCUGUUUAGUUGCCUGGGAAGAAGGCGGCAUUUUUUUGUUACUGCUUUUUUUUUGGUUGUAUUGCACUAGGAAAACUGUAAAUGCUUAAACAAUGGCCUUUCAAUGGGAAAAAAUAAAACUGUUCCACAAACA